AUGGGUCUGGGUCGCAAGGCCAAGGAACCCAAAAAGAAAAGCCCUUCGGCUGUUCUUGGAAAGUUCCGGACCUUGGUGGAGGGAGCAGGUAAGGACGAGAAGGUAGUGGAGGCAAAGCCAAAGCUACUUCGAAAAGUCCUUGCGCUGCUAGAGGAUCUCCUAUGGGAGAAACAAGCGCAACACGCGCAAGUAGAGGUGGCAAACUCUGGGGGGAGCGAGAUGGUGCAGGCAUCUGACACCAACAAGGGUGCACCAAAACAGGUGCCCCUCGAUGAGGGCUUCGUCGUACAGACGAAAAAAGGGCGUGUACCCAAGCCCUCUAAAGGCUCGGGCGCGCCAACCCCUAAGAGAGGGAGUCAAAGUCGUGCAAAACCUGCCGCACAGGCAAAAUCAAAGGUGGAUGCGGUUAAGCCGCGGAAGGCUCUGGAGAAGCCAAAGCCAGCUCCACCUCCGAAGGCCAAAAAGGCCAAGCGUAAGUCAAGAAGCCGACCAGAAGCGAUCUUGGUAGCCUCUGAGGAGGCCGGUUCCUACGCGGAUAUCCUAAAAGGAUUCCGCACUAACGAUGGCCUCAAGGAAGUUGAGCAGCAAGUGGCGAAGAUCCGCCGCGCCCAAAACGGUCAAAUGCUGAUCGAGUUGAAACGGGGUGAAUCCGCCCACUCAGUAGCGCCUGCUCUAGCAGAGGCGCUUAAGGACAAGGCCACCAUUCGGCCUCUAGCUCCCACUAAGAUGGUGGAGCUACGCGAUUUGGAUGAGAUCGCGACAGUAGAGGAGAUAGUCGAAGCUCUGAAGGAGCAGACAAAGAUCUCCGUUGAUGAGAAAUCACUCUGA